UGCGGGAACAUUUUUAAUGCUUUUUGUUUUGGAUUCGUUCAAACAAUGGUUUCUAGAGAUUUGACCUGUGACGAAAUUAUGCCUCCUUUGGAUGAUGGAGAAAGUUUGGUUCAAUUGGUUAGGUCAGCAACUUCUACUCCGUCCACAACUCGAUUACCACGCUAUCAACAACCUCAAGAAGUUAGCAAUAAGAAUAAAACAAUUGGUGGCUCUUCAAAAUCAUCUCAUUUUAUUAAUUGUCAGGAUGAUUCUGCAUCUUCAACAAUUAAUUAUACAACGACUGUUCGGGAUGUACUUACUCGACAAAUAAAAAAUUCAAAAUUAAAAAACGAACAUUUGGCUGGAUUUUCUAAUCCAAGAAUUUUGACAUCUGUUCCUAUGCAAGAAGAAAGGACCUCGCCUCCAAUUGUUAUUAAUACUUAUUUAAAUCAUCAUGGCUCUCAUACUCCUUUUAAUUCGUCAAAUGGCCGUGUCGACGUCCACAAACAGAAAAAUUCAUUAAUUACCGCUUCUAAUUCAUUUUCUUCAAAAACUUCUAAUAACUCGUCAAACUCCCAUAAUUAUGCUUCAAUUAAAUCUUUUCCUAGCAAUACAACUUCUUAUUCUUCUUCACAUGGUUCCCAAAUAAUUAAAGUUGCAAAGUUGGAUAAUUCUUCCCAGCAAAAACAGCAUCAAAAAAUUCUCUCCUCUUCAACCUGGGCUUCACAACAACCCAUAGAUUCUUCAAUUAUUUCUCGUAGUCCUCCACAGCAAUUAAUUAAUAAUUAUUCUUUCCAACCAUCCAAAUCUUUAUCUUCUUCGGACAAAUCAACACUUAAUUCUCAAAGUGCCGUUAAUUCUAGUUUACCCCAACAAACAGUUUAUUCUGUCGUAUUACAAAAUCGGUCACACCAACCAACUGAUGAUGAUUCAACAACGCAAGUGACUACAAAAUCUCCAAUUAAAAAAGUUCCAAAUAUUCCACAUACAAGUCCUAGACCUGGAAUUUUGGUUAAAAAUUCUUGGAAUAGUCAAACAACUAAUAAGCGAGUUGUGGGGUGUGUAAUUACUUCAGACAAUUUAUCAGAAAUUAAUUCCUUUACAAAUAAUGGAGCUGUUAUAGAUUUAAUGCCAAAUGGUAGUGGUAGUGUUGAUGAUUUACAAAGGAAGCGUACUAGAAAGCAACAUUUUUGUGAUGGAGAUAUUGCCUCGACAUUGGAUGUUGUUACAUCGCCAUCCGAUAAAUUCAUGAGGAUGGAAGUUUCUGGUUCCCGUCACAGACCAUCUUCUUUUGUUGAAAUCCCUUCAUCUACACAAGAUGGCAAAUGUUUUGAAACUACCACAACAACAUCGAUACCAAUGAAUUCCCACACUGACCCUCAUUCAUUUUCUCCUGUUUUUUCUACUCAUAUUGAACGAAUUCCGAAGAAAAGAGGGCGUCCAAAAUUAUCUAACUCAUCAAUUGAUCAACAAAAACAGCAAAUAAAUUUAUUACCCGAAAAACAAUUUAUUUCUUCGCCAAAGUCUAACCAAAUUUAUUCAACAAAUAUGUCACCAACUACUAUUACUAACAGCAAUAAUCAAUAUUUACAUUUAUCCUCUCCUAACUCGAAUGUUGCUGCUUCUACUAAUUUAGCUUCUUCUAAUUCAACAUUUCAACAAUCCCGUAUUAAAAGGUCUAUAGAAACUGCAGCAACAUUCCAGGCUGAGAUGAAGACGAAACGUAAGUAUCGAAAGAAAACACCUGAAUUGGACCCACAAACGGGUCAAGUUAUGAAGAAAGCGAGGAAAAAAGGGCCUGGACGCAAAUCUAAACGCGAAAUUGAAUUGGCUGCUCAACAGGCGAGGGAAAGUGCAAUUCUUGCUGAAAUGGGCUUUCCGUUACCUAAAAGUGGUAGCUUCUCCAAUUCGACUACAGAAACUACACAACUAAGACAACAACACUUUGUGACGCCUAGCACUUCUGCUAAUGAUUUGACAAACAAUUAUGAGCAUUCUAGACAGCGCGCCGAUCAAGUCUCUCUUGACAACAAAAUUGCUGACGAUGAACAAAUGAGUAUAACUGCUCUUUGUCGUUUUCGUACAAAUAGUGAGCAUCAACAAUUAUUGCGAAGACGGAGAUUAACGUUCUCAAACUUUGUUGACUCUUCUGAUAGAACUCUUGAAUCUUUCGUGAGGCCAAAAUUUCAUUCAAUGUGUGAAAUAAAAAGUAAUGAUCCUGAAGCUGAACAUUUUGUGCCACCAAUUGCCUCAACAAGCCAGCAACAAUUUGAAUACUCUCCUUUGCCUUUUGCCGAAUCUGAAAAUACAGAUUUGAUGAAACUUUUAAGUAACUUCAGUACUGAUAUUAAUACCUCACUUGGACAGAAGGAGUUGAUGGAAUAUCGAGAAAUGUUGAUUUCACUUCUUACUGAAAAGGAAACAGUGUCUGAAGCAAAGAGCACUCAAAAGGAUUCUCUUCGAUCAAGCAUAAAGUCAAGAUUGUCAGAUUACUUGAGGAAUGAACUUUUGGAUGAAGAGAAGGAAGUUUCCUGUAAUGUUUUUGAAUCUCAAGAACAGAUAAAAUCUGCCUUUGAUUGCCUCAAUUUACUUCCAAAUGCCUGUGUAUAUUUUAAUAAAUCUAAACAACUUUUGGAUUUAAUAAGAAUAAAAAUAUUGGCUCGAUAUCUUUAUAGGAAUUUAACUGCAGAAUUUAGCAAAAAGAUGGAUUCAAAUAAACAAAGCUUGCCAAAACUAGUUCCUCUUUCAUCGUUUAAUACACAAAACUUUACAGCAACAAAACCAAUAAAUUUAUUAUUUGAGAAAAAAAUUGAAGAAAUGAUUGAUUCUAGAAGUAAGGGACUUGAUAUUUUUUCGUUGGAAGAGAGGGAAGGAAAUGUUGAUGAAAAGGGUUUUGAAAAGGUUGAGAUUGAAUCUGCAUUGGAUUUAUUGAAGAAUUUAAUGGAAAAAAAAUCUUCAUCCGGCAAUCUACAAUCUUCCAACGAUCCUUUCAUUAAUUCGCCACAUUCAUCAAAUAACAAUGAUGAUUUGAAUUCAUCGAUUUAUGCGAAUUCUCAAAAUUCUUUGCCUAUUGAACUUUUAAAUAUUACUAGAAGUCAAAAAGAAAAUAAACAAAAAAGGAAAUUAAAUAAAAGAUUUGGUAUAGAUUUUAAUCAAGUAAAUAAAGAAGAAAAAAUAGAAGAUGAUUUAACUGAUUGUGAUAAUUCUAAUGAAGUUGAAAGUCUUAAAUCUUUUAUUCAACAAUUAAAUUCACUUCGUUGUCAUUGGAAUUUUUCCUUUCAACAUAUUGAACGGUUAAACAAUGACAUUCAAACAUUAUUGGAAAAUGAUAAAAAUGAUGAAAGAAUUCAAGAAAGAAGGCAAUUAACAACGAUAGAGGGUGAAAAGAAGAAAAAUAACAAAGCUCUACCACCACAUAAGACUAGCUCAUUACUUUUCCAACCUUCAAAUGAAUUUGUUGAACAAAUUUUUAAGGAUGUUCUCGAUAUGAAAUUAAUGGAAAAUAACCAACAAACAGAAAAUCUUCCUUCAACCUCAUCUUCUAUUCCUUCAAAUGAUCAAUCAACAACAAUAAAGAAGCAACAGAAACAUCAAAGUGAUCAAAGUUCAUCAACAGAGGAGAAUCUAACAAAAACAGAUUUAUCUUCUCUUAUGCUUUUACAAAAUAUUGAUGAAAUGCUUGAUUCCACCGAAUAUAUCUCAUCUUCAUCAAGAGAAAAGUUGAGUUGUAAAUAUCGCGGGAUAUUGGAACGGAAUAAAAUUGUUGCUAAAAACAAACAAGAAGGUCAACAAAAUAUUAAACAAAUUCAAAAGAAACAAUUACCUCAUUAUACAGAUGACCAACACGAUACGUUCCUUAAGAGACAAAUAAAACAAACACAUGAAAUUAGUAAAACAACAAUUGGUUUAAUGCGAGAUCGUUCAAAAUUAAUUAAUUCUUGUGUUGACUGUAUUCACGAAUUAAUUAAUCAACCUCAAGAUAAUACAACUUCAAAGGAAACAACAACAAAUUCAUCCAAAACAACAACAACAAAGAGAGCUGCUCAUCAAAAAGCGCUUUUUAUAAUGGCAACCACAAAUUCAUCCUCUUGUGUAAAUUCUUCUGAGAAUGAUUAG